AUGGCAGUCCCUCCUCCCCCGGCCCCAGCUAUCGACCCCUACUCCCUCCUCCGCCCUCACACCCUCCCAUCACCACCUCUCGCUGCCAAACGCCCCUUACCAGUCCCCCCUCCGGAGAAGAACAAGAAGCCAGCGGUGAUCCGCCGGCGCUCGUCCUUGAAGUUUCUGCCGAUGCCCGUGACGUGGGACGAAAAGAUCCCCGCUGGCACCCAUCUUUCCCCACCCAACACGCCCCCCGCCCUCACCCCUGCUCCCCGGGGAAACAAACUCCAAAAAAAGCCUCCUGGCAACCACGUCUUCUUCCUCGAAGACGUCGCCCGCAUCCCGCUUACCCCGGAAAGCCAUAUUUCGCACGAGGCCGGUGAGGGGGGAUACACCUACCAAGGGGAGGGGUACAAAAAGGCGCGGGUGGAAGGCGGGAGGAAGGAGGGAAAGGGCGUGAAGAAGAAGCGGUCGUUUGGGCUUUGUGGGCCGUGUGGACCUCGGCCGAUGAUGGGUGAGCAUGAGAGGGAGUAUCAAUAUCUUGAAGAUGGGCAGGGGCAGGGGCAGGGAGGGAUGGCGGGGGUGGUGCCGGCGAGCGGGGUGGCCGGCGUGAAGGAAGAUCCCAGCCGUCCUCUCCCUUCUCCGCCUAGCUCGAAAACCAAAUACCCCUCCACCCCCAUGCCUCUCUCCCCCAUCUCCAACGCCUCGUCGUCUUCUUCGUAUCAGCACGACGAGCCGCCAUCGCCGGCAGUCAGCGAAGCCUGGAAACACACCUCGUAUUUCCCAGAGUACACCCCGAUAUUACCAGUCCUGAAAGCCGAGGCAGAAGCAAAGGCGGCGAAAGAGGCCGAAGAGAAGGCAGCAAAAGAGGCAGAGGAAAAAGCAGCAGCCGCCCCACCUGCGCCUCCCAUCCCUCCACCCCCUCUCCCCCCUCCUCCUCCUCCUCCCGUCAUACCCCCACCCCCACCCGAAAUCCCAUUCGCAUCCUACCCCUCCCCCUACCCCUAUCCCUACCCCUACGCUCCUUAUACGGCCACCCCGGCUGAGAACGGGCCGCCGAUGCUGCCGCCGUGGACAGCGUGGCAAGGCGAGGGAGGGCAAAAAGCAGAGUGGACGUCGGCGCAGAGGUAUUAUCCGGCUGGGGGUUGGAAUACGGAGGGGAAUGGGGGGUGGCAUAGUUGGGCGGGGGGGUAUGGGGGUUAUGGGGCGUAG